CGACAGCAGUCCCCUCCUUGCGACGUUCCUUCCUUCCCUUUGGAGUUGGACUCUCUUUACGGUCCAUCCAUUCCAUCCCUCGCAUCCAUCCAUCUGCUUUUUCCAUCCUUAACACCCCCGAGGAGGCAACAGUCAAGAUGGUGAACUUCUCAGUAGACGAGAUCCGGGCCCUUAUGGACAAGCGGACUAACAUCCGUAACAUGUCCGUCAUUGCCCACGUCGAUCACGGAAAGAGUACCUUGACCGACUCUCUCGUGUCGAAGGCCGGUAUUAUUGCGUCUGCCAAAGCUGGUGAUGCUCGGUACACCGACACCCGGCAAGAUGAACAGGACCGUGGUAUUACCAUCAAGUCAACUGCCAUCUCUAUGUUCUUUGAAAUGGCCGAGGAAGACUUGGCUGAUGUGAAACAGAAGACGGAGGGUGCUGGGUUCUUGAUCAACUUGAUCGACUCUCCCGGUCACGUUGACUUCUCAUCUGAAGUCACUGCUGCUCUUCGUGUUACCGACGGUGCUCUCGUCGUCGUGGAUACCAUCGAAGGUGUCUGUGUGCAAACCGAGACCGUACUUCGUCAAGCGCUUGGUGAACGAAUCAAACCCGUUGUUGUCAUCAACAAGGUUGACCGUGCCCUGCUCGAACUUCAGCUCACUAAGGAAGAUUUGUACCAGACCUUUUCUCGUACCAUCGAGAGCGUAAACGUGGUGAUUGCCACCUAUCUCGACAAGAGCCUUGGCGAUGUGCAAGUGUACCCUGAAAAGGGUACCGUCGCCUUCGGUUCCGGUCUCCAUGGAUGGGCUUUCACCCUUCGCCAGUUUGCCAACCGUUACGCCAAGAAGUUCGGCGUUGACAAGGAGAAGAUGAUGGGUCGUCUUUGGGGUGAGAACUACUUCAACCCCAAGACCAAGAAAUGGACCAACAAGGGUACGGACACCGACGGCAAGUCCCUUGAACGUGCCUUCAACACCUUCGUUCUCGACCCCAUCUUCCGUCUGUUUGAUGCGAUUAUGAACUUCAAAAAGGAGGAGACUGCUAAGAUGUUGGAGAAGCUUGAAAUCACCCUUAAGAGCGACGAGAAGGAUCUCGAAGGCAAAGCUCUUCUCAAGACUGUCAUGAAGAAAUUCUUGCCUGCUGGUGAUGCUCUCCUUGAGAUGAUUGUUAUCCACCUUCCCUCCCCUGUCACCGCCCAGAAGUACCGUUUCGACACAUUAUACGAGGGUCCUCUCGAUGACGAGUGUGCUAUCGGUAUCCGCGACUGUGACCCUACCGGUCCUCUCAUGUUGUACGUGUCGAAGAUGGUACCGACAUCCGACAAAGGACGUUUCUACGCAUUCGGGCGUGUGUUCUCUGGUACGGUUCGUGCUGGUCUUAAGGUCCGCAUUCAGGGUCCCAACUACGUCCCUGGCAAGAAGGAUGAUAUGUUCCUCAAGAGCAUCCAGCGUGUGGUUCUUAUGAUGGGUCGUUACGUGGAGUCUAUCGAGGACUGCCCUGCUGGUAACAUUAUCGGUCUCGUCGGUAUCGACCAGUUCUUGCUCAAGUCGGGUACCAUCACGACCUCUGAGACAGCCCACAACUUGAAAGUUAUGAAGUUCUCCGUCUCUCCUGUCGUGCAGGUCGCUGUUGAGGUCAAGAACGCCAAUGACCUGCCCAAGCUUGUGGAAGGUUUGAAGCGUCUCUCCAAAUCUGACCCUUGCGUCCUCUGCUACACAUCCGAGUCCGGUGAACACAUUGUUGCUGGUGCUGGUGAACUUCACCUCGAAAUUUGUUUGAAGGAUCUUGAAGAGGACCAUGCUGGUGUCCCUAUUAAGACCGGUGACCCCGUUGUCCAACUUCGUGAAACUGUCCAGGCUGAAUCCAGCAUUGUUGCCCUCUCCAAGUCCCCCAACAAGCAUAACCGUAUUUUCAUGAAGGCGGCCCCCAUGCAGGAGGAGCUUGCCCGUGACAUUGAGACUGGAAAGGUGUCACCCAAGGACGAUUUCAAGGCCCGUGCUCGUAUUCUUGCUGAGGAAUACGGGUGGGAUGUCACUGAUGCCCGUAAGAUCUGGUGUUUCGGUCCCGACGUGUCUGGUGCCAACUUGUUGGUCGACACCACUAAGGGUGUACAGUAUUUGAACGAAAUCAAAGAUUCUUGCAUUGCUGCCUUCCAGUGGGCCACUAAGGAAGGUUGUUUGGCUGAGGAGAACAUGCGUGCCAUUCGUUUCAACAUUCUUGAUGUUGUGCUGCACGCUGAUGCCAUUCACCGUGGUGGCGGUCAAAUUAUCCCCACUUGCCGUCGUGUCUGCUACGCCGCGAUGCUCACUGCGAACCCUGGUGUCAUGGAGCCCGUAUUCUUGGUCGAAAUUCAAUGUCCUGAGAGCGCUAUGGGUGGUAUCUAUGGUGUCCUUAACAGGCGUCGUGGUCACGUAUUUGCUGAGGAACAACGCCCUGGAACCCCCUUGUACAACGUCAAGGCCUACCUGCCCAUCAUGGAGUCCUUCGGUUUCACUGCCGACUUGCGUGCCGGAACCGGAGGCCAGGCCUUCCCCCAGUCCGUGUUCGAUCACUGGCAGAUUAUGUCGGGAUCGCCACUUGAGGCAGGCAAACUGCAGGACAUGAUUCAGGGUGUGCGUAAGAGGAAGGGUCUCACUCCUGAAAUUCCCCCUCUCGACCGAUACUACGACAAAUUGUAAGGACCCACUUACGGGAUUGGGGGGUCUGGGUUCUUUCUUUUGUUGUAUUGUAUUUCUACUUGCGGGGGCUUAAGGGAGUCUCUAGAUUAGGUUUUUGCACUCUCACGCGCGACAUUAGUAUACGUGUUUGUUGGCUUGUAAGGUCACCACGGUUUGUAAAAAGAUCAUCAUAAAAAUACGUUCCUUACAUUAGCAACAUUUAAUCAUAAACAAGCAACUACCGAGUGACUGUAACUACGAG